AUGAAUCCUUAUCCUAAUAGGAAAACACCAGAUAGAGUAACAUUUCAGCCAUCAACUUACAAUGAGAUCUUGAUACCAAGUUUAUCAGGACUGCGCCAAUCAGAAAGAGAAGCCUAUCAUUUAAUUAUGCAAUUUAUGGAACCAGGACAGAUGUCUCAGGUGGACAAGUUGAGUUUCCUGAGAGCUGUGGAAACUUUGAGCAGCGCUGUGCAUUCCCAGGCAAAUGGCAACAUGAACGAUUACUAUCCCAAAACUCUCCUGGCCAAGAAAAUUGAGACAAUCAUCCUGGAAGAACCCAUUGAGAUCUUGGACAGCAGUGUGCGUCAGCAAGCCAUGUUCUGCAUCGUGGCCCUGAGCCAGGUGAAUCCACCUUUCCAUUUAUGCCAGAAACUGGACCUGGUCAACGUUAGCAUCACCAGUGUGUUCUCCCUGCCGCUUAUCAUGCCCAGUCUAGACCGAAAGGAGAGUGCUAGUCUCUACCUCCAGACGAACCAGGCCUUAGAUGACAUGCUACACACUCUUGUGAUGGACGAUAUGAACCCCAGCAUGCUCAUACUGCAACAGUUCCUGGAGAUCAUCUUACCAUGGUUAACGUCGUCAGACAAGACACAUGAGCAGACCCGAGUCUUGGGCACUAUUACCCGGUUGCUAAGAUUCAUUUGCACCUUCUCUGAACUGUUGCACAUGACAUCGUUUUCCAUAAACGGGAAACUAAUGGGCAUCUUGGGCCUCUUCUGUAUGAACGCCAAUCAAGAGAUCAGUGCAGGGGCAUCGGAGGCUCUAUAUUACUUGUUCACGAUGCUUGUACUUCAGAGAAGUAUGAGACCAAAGACACAGAGCAUCCUGAAGGACUUACAGAAGCAUUUCCAUGGAAAUUGGCUGGCCAACAUGCAGAAUCUCACAUUGUUCUUCAGGAAAUACCUGACCCCUCCAGAGAGGGCUGAUGUGCUCAUGGUGGCCUUAGAGGCCACGGUCAGUACCAGCAUGUAUGAAGUCUUUGCAGCCUCCAAGAUGUUAAAGAUGAUCAUGAAGUACACUCUUGUAGAAAUUGCAAAGGUGUCAGAAAUCAUCCAGUUUAUUUACUACCAUGUGGACAGAAUCACCGAUAUAACUGCCCAGAAUAUUAUAAAGAAGAUCUUCCAAGUCCUGGUCCAAUCCUACACAGAUGAAGUUAUCCUGACACUGUUCAAGAUAGAGGACCAGACACAAAGAGGGAUGUGCAAGCCCUGGGAAAUCCUGGCAUCCUUUCCGAAAGGCUACUGCGUGAUCAUGGAAUAUCUGCUGCAGAGGCUGAUUCCAUCCCAGGCACUGAAGGACCAGGAGCCCAGUGAAUCAGAGAUCUCCCCACCAAUUGCCACCAGGGCCAUCCAUGAGCUGCUGAUGGUACAGAGUCAACGGCUGGAACUUCAGUCCUUCUUCGCCUCCCUGUUCAUCAUGUUGCUGUUCCAGAUCUCCUUCCUGGUGACUCAGAGAAGUGCUGGAACCCAGUUCCAGCAGCAUGAAUGUAUGGACAUCCUGAGAUCUUCUGUAGAGGCCUUGAAGACCUUGCUACGCAGCUCAGGGUAUGUGGACCACAUGACUUAUAUUCAAACGCUUGGAGGUUGGGAGCUGCUUGUCAAUUCCAAGAGGCACUAUGAUGGAGUCACUCUGGUGGCCAGGUCUCUGGUUGUCAAGAACUGCUGGCACAACCGUCCUGUCUUCAGUCUCCUCAUCUGGACUCUCCAGGACCCAGACUGUGUCAAUUACUUCACAGCCCUGGUGUUUCUGACCGAGCUGCUCCACUGUCCAGAUGUGGCAGACGCAGUGGAUGAUGUUGCUACCAAAGUUCUGGGAAACUGGUUCAAGUGUGAGGAGCCAGCUACAGUAAAACUGCUGCUGCAGAUGUCAGAGGUCUUCGCAAAGCACAACAACAUGGUGAAGCAGCUCCACAUCCUACAGCCCUACGUGCUGAACUGCUGCUACUCCUCCAACAGUGACUUGGUGAUGGAGACCUUCCUCACGCUGCAGCGCCUCCUCAAGGAUCUCACCUGGCAGCACUCCUCCUCUUUCAUCAAUCAGCUUGCCUUCAUUCUGGUGCCCUUCUUUGAUGAGGAGUCAGAGCAGCUGCGCUUGAUAGCCUUCCAGAUCUAUGGAAGUAUCCUGAUCAAGGUCAUGAGAAGGAUUCUCAUCUUUCCCUUGAAGCACCAGAUCCUCAACUUGAUAGUCCUCCUGGUAUUACACCUGAAGGAUGUGAAUACUGAUGUGGUGGAGGUCUGCCGGCUUAGCCUCUGCAACACAGCUACCAUCUUGGGCUGGUCCAAACUGAAAGUGGUCUUUGCCAAGAGUGAUGUAUUCACCAUCCUCAUUGCCCUGCUACAUCAGGAAACAACCAAAGCACUCUGGUUUCUAAAGCAGUGUGUGGCUCUUUUCAAGAGCCCACAGGGCCCCAUCCGCCACGCAGCCGUGUGGUUUGCAGGUCAGAUCAUCCAGAUCCUUGACUUGGGAGAAGAGGAGAUUGAGGAGGCAUACACAGCCUUAAGGCACAUGCAGCAAGACUCUGACCCCACAGUUAGCUGCCUCACCACACAGACUUUCUACAUCCUAGAAGCCAAGGAGAAGGCGCUGCUGGCCAAGACCCCAUCCUCUUGCCUCUGCAUGAGGAGGAGUCAAAGAAGACACUUGUGA